AAUUGUACACUGUCAUUACAGAAAGUGCAGGUGCAGAGUAGUGCAGAAUAAUCUGGCGAAUCUGGCUGAUCUGGCGACGAGCACGAAUAUUGUGAAUUCUAACCUACACGAAAAUAUUGGAAAAUAUAUACUCGCAGACAUAGAGACCGGCUGUUAUACACUUGUCAAUCGUACUUCUAAUUUAAAAAAUUCUACUCUUUAGCAUAAUUUUUUGCAUUUUAUACGUAUCAGGAUAACGAGUGGAAAAAAAUGGCUGCUUUCGAAGAAAUGGGUGUUUUGCCGGAAAUUGCGAAAGCAGUCGAUGAGAUGGAUUGGACACUACCAACAGACGUUCAAGCGGACGCUAUCCCAUUGAUUCUGGGUGGUGGCGAUGUGCUCAUGGCUGCGGAAACUGGUAGUGGAAAAACUGGUGCUUUCUGCUUGCCCAUUUUGCAAAUAGUUUGGGAGACUUUAAAAGAUUUGGAGUCUGGAAAAGGAGUUGGGACAGCCGCCGUUCAACAACCGACACAUUGGGGACUGAGUCUGUUCGAUAGAGGACGAGCCAUGGCGGUAACGCUGGAUGGUUUAAGAUGUCAGAGUAGAGAGCAAAAAGAAUGGCAUGGUUGUCGUGCAAAUAAAGGUGUUUCUGGAAGUGGCAAGUAUUUCUUUGAAGCAACAGUCACAGAUGAAGGCUUGUGUCGAGUAGGCUGGUCAACAUCUCAGGCUGCCUUAGAUUUAGGAACCGAUAAAUUCGGUUAUGGAUUCGGCGGCACGGGAAAAAAGUCGAAUGCAAAGCAAUUCGACAACUAUGGAGAAGCCUUUGGAAUGCACGACGUAAUUGGAUGUUUCCUCGAUUUGGCAAAAGGCGAAAUAAAAUUUACCAAGAAUGGCGUGGAUUUGGGUGUCGCGUUUACGUUAAAUGCACAACAAAAAUCACAGACUUACUAUCCGGCGGUUGUGCUGAAAAACGCUGAGAUGGCCUUUAAUUUUGGAGCGCAACCGUUUAAACACCCACCUCCAAACGACUACGUGGCCGUAUCCUCGGUCCCGAAAGAAUCCGUCAAAUGCAAUACCGUUAAUAGCAAUCAAAGUGCGUCUAGCGAAAGCGGUAAACCGAAAAAUAACGCGCCUCAGGCAAUCAUCAUAGAGCCUUCUCGUGAAUUAGCUGAACAAACUUACAAUCAAAUUCAGAAGUUUAAAACAUUUUUAAAGGAUCCAACAAUUAGAGAAUUACUUGUUAUUGGCGGAGUGAACGUAAAGGAGCAGAUUGCUGUUUUGAAUUCUGGCGUGGACAUAGUAGUUGGGACUCCUGGACGAUUAGAGGAUCUCAUACAAGGCGGUUAUUUGCUGUUAACACAUUGCAGGUUCUUUGUUUUGGACGAAGCUGAUGGGCUACUAAAACAGGGUUACACCGAACUUAUCGAUCGUUUACACAAACAAAUUCCAAAAAUUACGUCAGAUGGCAAAAGAUUGCAAAUGAUUGUGUGCUCAGCAACGUUACACGCGUUCGAAGUUAAAAAGAUGGCUGAACGUUUGAUGCAUUUUCCAACUUGGGUAGAUUUGAAGGGUGAGGACGCAGUGCCCGAGACCGUACAUCAUGUCGUAGUGAUGGUAGAUCCGCAGAAAGAUAGAACGUGGCGUAACUUGAGAAAUUGUAUACAAACUGACGGCGUCCAUGCAAGAGAUGAGGGAUCAAAUGACAUUGCUUGCACGUUAUCGGAAGCUGUAAAGAUACUGAAGGGAGAAUACUGCAUUCGCGCUAUUAAGGAACAUAAAAUGGACCGGGCAUUGAUAUUCUGCAGAACGAAACUCGAUUGCGAUAAUCUCGAGAGAUAUCUGAAGAAAUCUGGUGGACAGCAAUUCUCAUGUGUGUGCCUGCACGGGGACAGAAAGCCCCAGGAGCGUAAGGCUAAUUUGGAAAAGUUUAAACGUCAGGAGGUGAAAUUUUUAAUUUGUACCGACGUGGCUGCCAGAGGAUUGGAUAUCACCGGUCUGCCUUUCAUGAUAAAUGUGACUCUGCCCGAUGAAAAAUCUAAUUAUGUACAUCGCAUUGGAAGAGUUGGUAGAGCUGAGAGAAUGGGUCUGGCCAUUUCCCUGGUCAGUAGCAUUCCAGAGAAAGUAUGGUAUCACGGCGAAUGGUGUCCUUCUCGCGGAAGAAACUGCAACAACACCAAUCUAACCAAUCAAGGUGGCUGUUGCACGUGGUACAAUGAACCUCAAUACUUGGCAGAUAUCGAGGAUCAUUUGAAUGUGACGAUUCAACAAGUCAGUUCGGACAUAAAAGUACCAACGAACGAGUUUGAUGGGAAAGUUACAUAUGGCGAAAAGAGAGUAGCGAUGGGUUCUGAUUACAAAAAUCAUGUUCAACAAAUGGCUCCUAUUGUGGUUGAAUUGGCCGCGCUGGAAUCCAGGGCGCAGGUUGCGUUUUUGAAGACGCAUAUAGCGGAGCGCUGAAGACAGAAUACUCAAAGAUAUUUAACAAGUGAAAUUUCAAUCGAGACUGUCGCAAGUUUAGUAAUAUAAAAUCCUAUCGUAAAUAUUAAAGAAAAUGAAUUAUAAUGUUUAAUUUAUCUAUUUAAAAAUCUAUUUUAUCCAUCAUUGUGCAGUUAUCUUUCUUUCUGUACUUAUGUACUUUCUGAAUCUCUUUUUGCACUUGUAAAAUAUUAUGUUGCAUAAUGAAAAUGAUAAAGUAGCAGUAAAAAAUAAAAUGUGUUUCUUUCUUGUGCAAUACAUUGAAACGAUGUGCGAUUAGAUAUGCCCUAUAAAAAUUGGACCUGACAGCCAAUUGCCACGGAGGCAUCUGUCAUUUAUGUAAGACAUAUGGUAAGUAUUUAUUGUAUCGUUAUAUCCUCAAUAAUUAUCACACUUUCAUUUUACACAUCAUUUUAGUUACACAAAUGUAUGAUACAAUGGCUCUCCUUUUUGCUCUUGUAAUUUUUCUGCAUAUGUAUGUAUGUAUAUAUGUAUAUAUAUAUGCGUGCUUGUGUUUGUGCAUGUUUUUCUUCUCUGUGUUUAUAAUAUAUAUAAUAUUUAGUAUUAGAAUUUACUAAAUGACUUAAUUCUGUUUAAUUACACAUAAUAAUUUAUACACAUAACUCUUAUAUAUUCUCGAAAAAAAAGCAAUGGUAAACGACUAAAGUUAUACAGUAUACAAAUCAUACUGUUCUCUUCUCGCCGCAACUCGGAUACAGCGCGUUUCCGUUUUUUUUUCUUAUUUUUUUUGUUUUAUAACAUGUUAAAGACCUAUAUCUUGCGCGCGACGAAUUUACCGUGUCCGCCUCUUCUUCGCAUACGUAACGAACGAGACACGCACGUCUCUUUACGUUUAUAAAGAUUUACGUCUCCCUUUUCCCUCCCCCUCUUUCUCUCUCUCUCGCGCAGUUAGUUACACGAAUGUUAAUUAAAUCUUUAUAUUCGCUAAAUCAAUUUAUUAAUUCAUUAGCUUUAAGACUUCAUGUAAACAUUUCUUACUCUCUUCUCACCUUUCGCAUAUUCAGCAGACAGUCAUCACAGAAUGAGAAUGAAAUAUUUUCCUCGUAAUCUAGUAACACGUUUAACACAAUCAUGCAUGUAAUCCCAUAUACACUGUCUAAAAUACACGCAACGCAUACCAUUCGAACUGCGCGAUUGAUUCAAUGAAUUGCAUAUAUAUCUAUAUAAUAUAUUUGUGUGUUGUGUGUAUGUGUGUAUAUAUAUAUAUCUAUGUAUAUAAUGUUUAUUUUAUAUUCUACUUAUGUUCGUUCCACGAUUCACAUUCGAAUGGCACCAUCAGAUAUACAACGAUAUACACGCACGCUAAGUGCCUUUAACCAUAUGUGUUUGAUCGUUUGCGUACUUUUACACGGCAGCAUUAUAUAUGUAUAUAUAUAUUUUUUUUUCAUCUGUAUUAAUUGCACUGUACGCGAGGUACUAUUGAUUCACCUCAUCUCGCUCUUUCCUCUUUACAUGUCAAUGUAAUUCCUUCCGACGGAAUUACAAGCCACGCUGGCGAGAAUACAAAGUUAAUGGAAAUCGUGGCACGAACAAUACGAAUUUGAUUUCCUAACGAAUUUCAUAAGUUUGCCAGUCACAUCGUGUUUGCUCUUACUCGACUCAAACGCUCCUAAAUUAGUAUAGCACUUAUUAAACAUCAUCAAAGAGGUAUCUUCUUUCAUGCCUCUCUCUCUCUCUCUCUCUCUCUCUCUCGCGCGCGCGCGCGCGCGCAUCGAUAGUAA